GUCAUCACUUCUGAAUUGCACUUCCGGUUUCCAGCGUAACGUUAAUUUUUAGCAAAUCAAAAUCUAAAAUGAAUCUUUGAUGUGUAUAAGAAAAUAGAAAAUGAAGCAAUGCAUUUCCUCAUUGUUGCUUCAAGAUUAUUUGUCCUGUUAUUGCUAAGUCAAGAGGGAGCGUUGUUUUCCGACAUAACGAAAAAGAAAAAUACAAUCUGUGAUCAACACGUAGGCUGUUUUACAGUAACAGUUAAAAGUCCAGCAUGUCACUCUGGUAAACUUGCUCAGAGAGGGAACUAUUAUGUACUUGCUCUAGGGGUAACAGAUUGUGAUGGACAGGAUUAUGACCCAGGAACUAUUCACUGGCAGUUUGUAAAGCCACAGAAUCUUACACUUCCACACUGCAGUAAAAAAAAGAAAUGUGCAGUGAAAAAAGACAAGCUGAAAUUAGGUGAGACCUACCAUGUAAAGGUGGCAGUAUGGAUUGGCAAAAUUCAGGAAAAACUCAAGCUGACCAUUGUAUUAUCUUCAGGGAGAAGCAGUCAUUCCCAUGGAAGCAUUGUGGCUAGAAAGGGUGUUGAUGAAGGCUUUGUUGGACAUGUCCAAAAGUCAGAGAAGCUGGUCAAUUAUCACAAAACCAUCAGAACAAAGAACAACAAUACAGUAAUAUCUAUAGUUCAUCAAAGAGAGGCUCUAGAAACAUUGACAGAAAAUAGACGACACCGGAGACACCAUAGAGAGAUAGAUCAGACUUCCCCAUAUCAUUAUUCUCAAUAUAACACUCAAAACACUCAAUCUAUUAACCAUAAGUCUCAAUAUCAACAAAGACCAAAAUUAAGGCAACAUGUAACUAGCUCGAGGAUGGAAGCUCAUAAGGUUCCAAUUAAUCAUAAUUCUGAAUAUCACCAAAGACAACAUACAAGUAGCAAGCAGAAUGUAGGUCACAGUGAUCCAGUUGAACAUGAUACUGAGUACCAACAGAGGCCACAUUUAAGACAACAUAUUAGUAACAGGCAGAAUAUAGGUCACGGUAGUCCAAUUGCACAUAAUACUGGGUACCAACAGAGGCCACAUUUAAGACAACAUACAAGUAACAGGCAGAAUGUAGGUCACGGUGGUCAAAUUAAGCAUAAUACAGGUCACAGUGAUCUAAUUGAACACCAAACUGGGUACCAACAGAGGCCACAUUUAAGACAACUUACAAGUAGCUUGCAGAAUUUAGGUCACAGUGAUCCAACUGAACCCCAAACUGGGUACCAACAGAGGCCACAUUUAAGACAACGUACAAGUAGCUUGCAGAAUUUAGGUCACAGUGCUCCAAUUGAUCAUAAGUCUGAGUACCAACAGAGGCCAAAAUUGAGAAAGAUGUCUAAUAAUAUAUAUGAACAUAUAUCUGAUGGCACUGGUGGACAUAUGUCUGAUGGCACUGGUGGACAUAUGUCUGAUGGCACUGGUGGACAUAUGUUUGAUGGCACCGAUGAACAUUUGCCUGAUGACUCAGAUAAACAUAUGCUUGAUGGGACAGUUGAACCAAUGUUUGAUGACUCAGAUGAACAUUUGCCUGAUGACUCAGAUGAACACAUAUCUGGUGGCAUGGAUGAACAUAUGUUUAAUGGAACAGAUGAACACAUGUUUGAUGACUCAGAUGAACAUAUUUCUGAGAACAUGGGUGAAUAUAUGUCCAUUGACAAAUAUAAAAACAGAAAGAGUCCUGAACAUAAAUUCAUUGAAAAGUUCCUGGCGUCACCUAGAAAUAAAACCAGUCAAGUGUUGAUUCAACUUGGCAAUAAGAUGGAAAACUAUACAAGGAAUUUAACCAACUCUAAGGAAUAUAUAAUGGUCAUGUUGAGAAAAGAUGUUGUGAAGUUAUUGAGUUUGUUUAAUCUGUCCAAAUCAGAAAUUCAAAAUUUAGAGAAUAUGGUUAAAGCAAGAGCUGAAUUAAUAAAGAGUAAAAAUACUGGUUCAGAAAAUGUUAAUGUUCAAACUGGACACGCCAUGGCUGAUAUCUUUCAUAAAUUUUAUAAUAUAUCUUAUCAUGCUUCAAGAGCUGCCAUACUGGAAGAACUAAAGGUCAUCAAGCAGCACUUUGAUAAUUUAGAUGCCUGGGGACCAUGGUCAGAGUGGACAGCUUGUCCUAAGGCUUGUAAAGGUCAAAGUUUUAGAAUGAAGGAAAGGAAAUGUCAGCAUGGUAAAUCCUGUACUGGUAAAAGUAUGGAAUUUGCUCCUUGCCCAGCUGAUUGCUCUGCCUAUCAGCGAUGGACUUCUUGGUCUGGAUGGAGUAAGUGUAGUGUAUCAUGUGGAACAGGUAUAUCUAUAAGGAGGAGAGAUUGUAAAAUGGCUGACGAGGGAUGUGAAGGCCAGGACUCACAAUUGGAUUCUUGUGGAAGGUCACCCUGUCCAAUCCCUGUCACCACCUCAACCACGACCUCGACCACAACUUCAACUACAACCUCCACUACCACAUCAACCACCACUACCCAUGCUCCAAUGGUCAUUGCCUCACAAUGGGGUCAGUGGUCUGAAUGCUCUGUCACCUGUGGUAUGGGAGUUAUAUUUAGACAGAAGUUCUGUCAUGAUCAAAGAUGGCAACACUGUAAAGGGCCAGUUACACGGGAAAAUAAACGCUGCAUAACAGAUUCUUGUAACCAGCUAGUGGAACGACAACAGAUGCAGAUUUUAGAAGGUAAUGAUGCUGUUUUACAAUGUGGAAUAAAUGGAAUAAAAAAGAAUCCACAGAAUAGUGUAUACUGGAUUACACCUAAAGGAAAGAAAAUAGACCAACACACUGUCAUUAAAAGAGUUUUUGUUGUUGAUGAUAAGUUACUACUCAGAGAAACACAAAGAGGAGAACAUGGCGUGUACCAUUGUGUGUCAUCUGAUGGACAAACUUCUGAUGUAGAAAUAGAUGUUCUGUGGUGUGGAUUAGAGUUGUGCCAGCAUGGAGCUAGUUGUGUCAGGACACCAGCAAGACUACAACAUGGUCACAAAAGAUUUAAGUGUGUGUGUCAAUCAGGGUAUAUGGGCAUGUUCUGUGAGCAAAAGAUGCCACUGCCGUAUUAUCUGAUUCUAGUGAUUAUCCUGAUGUCCAGCCUGGUUUUUGUCAUCAUUCUGGUGUUAGUUAUAACCUGCCUCUGUCACAGGAAUAAGAAAAAGCUGUUAAUAACAGAUGAAAAAGGAGGAGGUGAUGAUAAAGGUGGAUAUGAAAUAGUUGCCACUGGAGAGAAUGAUGACACAGUAGAAUCCACCAAUGAAGAGACAGAUACUCAUAACCUUAGUGUGGUCAGUAAUGAUAACGAACUCAUGGAAAUUAGAGAAAAUGAUUUCAAAGAUUUUAAAAAACAGAACUCCUUCAACAUGUUUAGGUCCGCUUCCAGUCAAGAAUUGAUCAAAAAGAACUUAGAAUCGGGGAGUAAACAAGGAUCCAGAACAAAUUUACGUCAUGCUCGUAGAAUGUCAGAGCCAUCAAUGUCAAUAGAUCUUCAGGAACAAAUGGUCCAACCUCCUUCAGCUAAAUAUGAAGAGAAUUACCCUGAUACUGAAUUGUAUUAUGUUGAGGAUCGAUCUAACUUUACUUUCCCUGAUCCUCCAGACGAAUCGGAACUGCAUAAAAUCUUCAAUUCAGUUGAGAAGGAGGAACGAUUUUAUGCACGCUAUAUGAGAAAUAAUACAGGCAAAGCUGCCACAGUGGAUGGUAUGUGGCAGGAGGAUAGUCCAGAGCCACCGCAUGAGGACAUGGUGAUAACUGAACGUAACAAUAACAAGAUUGACUUUAACAUCAGUUUUGAAAAUGUUCAGCAACAGAGUAAUCGUAGGUUACCAUCAGUGGACGACUCAUCUAAACACGCAGUCCAACUGUCAGAAAGUUAUCACAAACCUGGACACGAAAUGACAAAAACAUAUGAACUAAAGAACUUCCUCGACAAGUUCAGCCCUCAACCCAGCAAAGAGAAUUUACAGGCUCGAUCACAAAACAGACAACCAUACCAUUGGAGUGAAUCACAAGAAGACCAGUCUAGAAGUCAUGACAAUUUACACAAUGUUUCUAGAAGGUUAUCUUUUGACGGAAAUGUCAAGCAGAAUGAAAGUGAGGCUGAGGAACAUAAUACACCACAACCUCAAUUCAUUAGAGGCAGCAGUGAUGGUCAGACAGAUGAGAUAAAAUCUCAGUAUAUAAAACCUAGUGAAGAUGUAGUAUCACAACAAAGAAUAGAGGAACAACACCCAAAUUAUGAUGAAGAUGAUGAUGGUCAAAUACGUAUGGUUCAUCGGAAAACUUUCUUGUCACCACAAAAAAGAUUAUUACGAGGUUCACCAGGUGGUAUAUCUAACCAAAGUGGUGGUACAACUGGAAACAUAUCCAUCCAAAGUCCUCAAGCUCCAGGUUACAUGUCCAGCCAAAGUCCUCAAACCCAAGGUAACAUGUCCAGCCAAAUUCAUAGUACACCAGGUCAUAUGUCCAGCCAGAGUCCUCAGAAAUCAGGUCACAUAUACAGCCAAAGUCAUGAUACAUCAGAUUACAUGUCCAGUCAAAGUCCUGAAACUCCAGGUCACAUGUCUAGCCAAAGUCCUCAGAAACAAGCUUAUAUAUCUAGUCAAAACCGUGCUACACUAUCCAAUAUAUCUAGCCAAAGCUAUGGGACUCCAGAUUACCUAUCUAAUGGAAGCCAUGUUACACCUUCUAAUGUGUCUAGCCAAGGUUUCAUAUCAAACCAAAGCCGAGUAACACCUUCUAAUGUGUCUAACCAAAGCAGUAUGACACCAGAUCAAAUAUCAAACCAAAGCAGUAUGUCACCAGAUCAAAUGUAUAACCAAAGCCGUGGUACACAAAAUCAAAUUCCUACCCAAAGUCUUGGUACACCAGAUGAAAUAUUCAACCAAAGUCCUCACAAAAAACAAUAUCGUAGUGUACCAUUUAACGUGGGAACCCAACCUCCUGCAAUACCAAUUAACAUGUCUAGCCAACCUCCAGCAUCACCUGAUUACAUGCCUGGUAAAAGACCUGUUACACUAGGCCAGUUAAUCAGCCAAAGUUCUGCCACACCAGAGUACAUGUCUGGUCAAAGUCCAGUAACACCAGGUCAGAUGUCAAGCCAAAGUCCUGUAACACUAGCUCGCAUGUUUGGCCAAAGUCCUGAGGCACAAGUUCCAGUAUCAAGAUACAGUAAUAGCACAUACAGUAAUAGCACGCUAGAUGACAUUAAUCAAAGUCAUGAAACACUAGGUCGCAUGUACGGCACACUUGAUGACAUCAAUAAUCAAUCACCAACCUGGAUGACUGAAAGUGCACAACAUCACCUGAAUAACCAAAGUCAAAGUGAACCUAAUCAAAUGAUUGACCAAAGCCGUGGUUUAACAAGUUUGAGAUCAAUCCAAAACCGUGGUUCACCAGGCAGCAGUAGAAACAAAGGGACUACAGAUACAUAUAAGUUUGGGGAAUAUUCUGAUGACAUGGUUUAUAGGUCCCCAAACAAAGUUAGACAACGUCCAGGACAAGAGUUAGAACCUAUUGAGAUAGAAGUUGAGAUAAAACGGAACUAUCCAAACAAUGUCGGAGACACACCAGGAUUACCUCCAAUGUACUUAACAUCAACACCAAACAAAACAGAGAAUUAUGAACAUGUGGUUACUGAAGAGGAGGAGGGUGUUUUCCAUCAGAGAGAGACUUAUGAUACAGAUAACAAGUCAAACAAUGAAAGAAAUGAGUUCUUAAAGGAGAUCCAUGAUGAUAUAUUUCAAUGUAUCAUUCAGACGAAUGAUUCAGGUAAAUUAGACAUCAAUGCUGGGCGAGUGGAGGAUGACGAUAACUGUCAGACCGGGCACCAGUUGUCACCUAUCAGUGAAGAAAGUACAGAACAAAGAAGUUCAGGAGGUAACUAACAGUAACUAUAGUAA